AUGAAAAACACUCCUUGUUUGUUGCCUUCAUGCAUAUCACAAGCAUCUGCUCGCCAAAGGAGGGGUAGGGCAAGACGUGUGCAACCAGGGGAAUGUUUCCAGAGCCAUUUGCUGUCCAAAAUACUUCCAUUGGAUUCGAAAUUAGGGAAAAUGCUGAUAAUGGGUGCUUUUUUUCGUUGCUUUGAUCCUAUUCUUACAAUUAUUGCUGGACUUAGUGUCAGGGAUCCUUUUCUUUUGCCUCAAGAGAAGAAAGACGCGAGUAAUCCAGCUACUUUCACACAAGGGAAUUUUGAUAAAUUGGGUGAGCUUACAACUAUAAGUCUUCAGGACGUAAUAGGAAUGAUAUGUAAUGCAGAUAAAAAUAUUCAUAUCCUAAACCAAGCUCGUAUCAAUGCAAUUGAAGAUUUGGGCCAAUGUAUAACUGCUUAUCCAUAUAAUCAGCUGCUUAGAGCAUUAGUCUUAAAGAAUUAUGAAAGGCAAGAUGCAACUUUACUUAGUUGGAAUUCGAUGUACAGAGUAGAUUAG